UAUAAAAAAGUCCUUCCCAUGAGCCAAAUAAGAUCUGAGCUUUUAUGUUUACAAAAUAUUGUGACAAUUGACAAGUCAUUAAAAACAUACAAGCAAACUAUUGCUAUUCUGUUUAAACAAAUAAAUCCUAAUGAUGAUAACGAAGAUGAAUUUAUAUUAUCAGAAGAAAAUACUGACAAUGAUGAUAUUGAUACAGAAUACACCAGAGAUAGUGAUCAUAUAGAAGCAGUUAAAUGCGUAGAUGACUAG